GGAGUGACGUCACCGUUCUUAGCAACCGGCAUGGCGACGGCGAAGCUUUGGGAUCCUCCAUUCGUGCGAUAAGAAGCUAGAAUGUCAAUAAUAAUCCCCGUUGUGAUUUCUAGAUGUGUUAAGGCUUUGUCGUUGCACUUUUUCAAUAGUUUGGGAGAAAAUGGGAUACGUUGACAUGGAUUCGAGGAGACGGAGUGUAUUACCGGGCCCUGGGUCCAGCCUUAACAUCAGGGGUAAGGCAUUGAAAAGUAGCCCAUUUUCUCCUAACUCCUCCAACAAGUGGGCCCAAGGUAUGAUUAAUGAUCACAUGAUGUCUCACUACAAACGGAUUUAUUCAGCCAAAGCUGUUAUCGACACCUCAGUACCCAAAAGCCUUACGCAAAGCGUGAAGUACAGCGACCGGAUGAGACAGGAGUAUUUGAAAAAAGGAGGUCGUCCCCAGUCAGCACAUUCGCUCUCGCACAGGAAUAGCAUAGCUUCAUGUUACUCGGCACAAAGUCGAUGUUCCAUGCAGUCUGAAUGCAGACCCUACCUCUGCUCAAGAAACUCUGUGCACUCCAGCCCUGGAUUCAGCAGAUUUUUUCAUGCAAACGACAUCUCCUCUCCAUCCACUAAAGCUAAUCAUCAGCGCCCUUAUUCCGCCGUGGAACUCAAGUUUCGAAGCCAGGAGCUGACGUCCCGGGGGCGCCCGUCCGGAUCCCAGUGCCCCUCGGGCAAGCCGAGCUUCAAGGCCUUUCGCGAUCCUGUGCAAAAGACGUACAGCGGUGACCUUCUUGAGAAACAUUCGCAGCACUUCACCCAAGAAAUGCCUUUCACACCUAAGAUGCUGAAGUCCCAAAAGAGCUCGUACCUGUCUAGUUAUCGCUACUAUCGAGCACCGCGGGGCGCCAAUCUGGCUGAGGAGAGCAACGACCUGAAAGCGGAGAAACGAGCAAAAACUGUGCAGCAGGAGUCGGAUGAUCCACCUCGGGAACUCAAUAAAGAGCAGCAGUCGGCCGAGGACAAGCUCACCGCCACGUAUUCAAUAAGGGCAAAACAAGUCGCAACCAAAAACCGAGACUACGAUCCCUUCGACCAUGCCACCAGGUUCUCUUUCGAGAGUGGAAACACGUCUCCAAGUGCAGAUGAUGAAGAAUUGAUGUACCUUGAGUUUAUUAAUGAUGUCACGGAAGACAUCUUGUCCAGAGGAUCGGUUUCAAACAGGAUCCUCGACCGGGUGGUACAGCGGCAUAUCGAUAUGAAUCUGCAUCGUCUGGAUGAAGCUAAAAUGCGUCACCUUCUGGACAUUCUGCGGAACAACCUGGAGGAACCUUCCGCUGCAUCCUCCUACAGUGAGGGGCCUGGGAAAAAAGACCUGCUCGAUAGCCUCACGGUGAUGCCCGAAUUGACGCUGGAGCGGGCGACAGCUGAAGAGGACAACAAUCUCUUUGAUUAUGCAAGCGAACGCAAUCAUUCUCCCGAGCAUUGCCUGGAGGAGCCCGUGUUGAGCUCUACUCAGCCGUGGUCUCCUGAAAGAAGUUCUUUGCUGACAGCGAGUGAAAAGACGGAGGAGGAGGACAAUCGCGAAGAAGAUGCGAAUUAUGAAGAAAAGGAUGAAGGGGACUACCAACCGGUUGUGACAAAUCAGGAAGAGGCAUACGGUGUGGAGAGCCAUCGGGACCAAGCAGGGUCAGACAAUGAAGAGAACCGCGAUGUUCUUGAAGAGCUGGAAAGAAGGUUUUCAGACUCACUGCGUGUUGAAAAAUACGCUAAAGGUGACAACGUGGACUCUUCCGGUGAGCAGCAAACAUUGGGUUCUGUCAGCGAUGAUGACUUUUGAAUGUUUCACACUGAAAUUUAGAGCCUGUAGAACACAGAUGUGUUCCAAUACAGUGUUUACUUGUUUUUCUUGCUAUUUCACCUUUUUUCUUUUAAGAAUUAUCCUCUGCUAUUUUCUGAAACCCCAAGCUAGUCACUGUUUCUGCUCUUUCUGAAAUCCCUGAAGAUAUCACAACAAAGCACUAGCGGGAAAGUAGUUCUUUGACGCCACCUUGUGGCAUUUAUUGGUAAUUGUAUUUUUUUGUGGACAAGAGUUACUGGUCUAUUAGUGGAGUUUCUUUACUCCCUAUCUAUUAUUCUUUGCAAGAAUAUUGACUUUCGUUUAUUCUGAAAUUAGUAAAAAAAAAAAAAAAAGGAGGUUUGGGGUGGGUACGGAUUCAGUGAGUCACCACAAAGUGUCUUUCAAUUUGCAAUAAAUAUUUCUACAAGUCCUCUGCAUUA